AGAUGGCUUCCACACCGCUCCUUUAUGUGCUAGUUAUUAUCCUAUCCGCUGUAUAUCUUCUCCGCAGGAGGUCUAAUCCGUUAUACGCCAUACCUGCAGUGGGCCCUUCUCUGCCAUUGCUGUCGUACAUCGGAGCACUGCGCUUUACUCGCCAUGCCCAUGAGAUGCUGCAAGAGGGGUACAUUAAGUAUAAAGGCUCGGCGUUCCGACUCGCGCAGCUUGAUCGCUGGGUGGUUGUCUUAUGUGGCCCGAAGAUGAACGAGGAGCUCCAGAGAAUGCCUGACGAUCAAGUGUCGUUCCUGGACGCUGCAGAAGACCUUGUUCAGACGAAAUACACCAUCGCGAAGAACGUGAUCGAGAAUCCCAUCCACAUCUCGGUCAUGAGGGGUCCGCUCACUCGCAACUUAGCUCCAUUGCUCUUAGAUGUCAUCGACGAGAUUAAUAUUGGUGUAGAGGAACACAUUCCAACGCGCGGGGAUGAGUGGGUUAGCGUUCCAGGGCUUGCAACCAUGACACAGAUCGUCAGCCGGGCAAGUAACCGUGUUUUCGUGGGGCUCCCAAUGUGUAGGGAUCCUGAAUAUUUCAAGAUUAUUUCCAAUUUCCCCCGAGAUGUUGCCAAAGGGCGAUUCAUCCUCAGUAUCACCCCCACCUUCCUGAAGCCUAUUAUCGGGCCCCUGUUGCCCUGGUCGCGUAGGACCGUACGCCAAUACUCUGCUCUGAUGAAGCCCAUCAUCGAGGAGCGUCAGAGGUUACUGCUGGAGCAUCGUGAUCCACACGACCCGGAUAGGCCUAACGAUUUCAUGACCUGGCUCAUUGAAGAGGGCCGGGCGGUUGAUCAACCGGUUGACCUCCUUGUGAACGCUCUGCUGUCGUCCAACUUUGUUGCCAUUCACACAUCUUCCAUUAGCGUCACGCAUGCCUUGUACAAUCUGGCAGCAUAUCCAGAAUACCAGCAACCAGUCCGCGAUGAAAUUGUGGAAGUCAUCAAAGCAGAGGGCUGGACCAAGCAGGCAUUUGGUAAGAUGUGGAAAUUGGACAGUUUCAUGCGGGAGUCCCAGAGAAUGUUCGGGAUUAGUGCAAUAUCUGUCAUCCGUAAGGCUUUGAAAGAUGUGACGCUCUCCAACGGCACCGUGAUACCUGCCGGUACGCUCAUCGCAGUGGCAGCCGAAGGCACGCACUACGACGAAGGAAGCUACGACAACCCGUACAUAUUCAAUCCAUUCAGAUUCUCCGACAUGCGGGAAGACGAGGGCGAGCGGAUCAAGCAUCAAUAUGUUAGCACUUCGUCCGAAUACGUGUCCUUCGGACAUGGGAAGCAUGCUUGUCCCGGACGUUUCUUCGCGUCCAACGAGCUCAAGGCUAUCCUGUCUCGACUGAUCCUGGAUUUCGACAUGAAGUUCGGCGGUGACGGUCACAGGCCGCCAAACCAGUGGUUUGGUUCUUCGAUCAUACCGAGUCAGACUGCGAAUGUUAUGUUCAGAAAGCGACCAGAUGCCGGCUUGUAGUGUGUUCUUUUAUAUCUUGCGCUACUAUAUUGGACAUUCCUAUGGGUUUACGGGUUCAGGUUGGGAUAUCUAUAGUUAUCUAGAGCAGACCACACGGAUAUAUAUGCUUCGAUGUGCAUCUCCGCUUAUUGGCAUUCAUUA